AUACAACGUAGCAUGCCAAUGAUACAUGUUAUCAUCUUCUAAACUACCUCAAUAUUCUUCAAUUCUGUUUAAAGAAACAACUAUAAAUGUCUCUAAUAGGUCUGGGCGUUUGGGUCUUCGAGUCGGGUUCAGGCCGGUUCCUUUCGGGUCCGGGUUUUUCGGAUCCUAAAUAUUUAAACCCAAUAGAUACUUAGAAAUUUUCGGUUCGGGUUCAGGUCGGUUCUUCUCGGAUCCGGGUCGGUUCGGGUCUAUAAUUAAAAUACUCAUAAAAUACCCAUAACUUUUCGGGUCCAUAUCGGGUCCGGGUCGGGUUCGGGUACUUAGGAUCUAAAAAAGACAUGACAUACCAAAUUCUAUCAAUUUUAGUUAAUAUUUAUCAUAUAUAUCUAAAAUUUUACAAAAUAACCUAAAUGAAACUAUUAAUAAUUAACAUAAAACAUUUUUAAACUCUAAAUUUUAAAUUUUAAAGCUUCAUAUUACUUAAACAAUAUUACAAAAUAAUAACAAAUAUUGUUAACAAAAGAUAUUUCAACUAAAUCAUAAAAUAAUAUAUAUAAAAUAGAACACAAAAACAUUAUAGUUUUAGAUAUACAUGUUUUUAAGUCGGGUACAAAUCGGUUCUUAUCGGGUCGGGUCUAUUCGGGUCGGUUCUUUUUGGGUCCGAGUCUAUUCGGGUCGGUUUCUUUCGGUUCCAGGUCCGUUCGGGUACAAAAAAAUUAGACCCAAAAGGUACUUAUAAAUUUUCGGUCAGGAUCCGGGUCGGGUAUUUUUGGGUCGGUUCUAGUUCGGGUCUUCGGGUCCAGGUUAAAAUGCCCAGGCCUAGUCUCUAACCUAGAUGUCUACUCUUUGCAGAGCCGUGCCAAACCUUUUGGAUGCCCUAAGCAAAAAUAAAUAAUAUAUUUUUAUCAAUAAUAUUGUAUUAUGACAAACUAGUAUAUAAAUAAUCAUUUAAAAAAUAAAGUUUUGAUAGAAAAUACAAAAAAAAUUUAUUAUCAUUUUAUGUUUAGUUAUAGAUAUAAAACUGAAACAUACAAAUUGGUCUUUUAUUUACAUAGUUUCUUGUAAAUUUGUAAACUAAGCAUAUAAAGCUGAAGAAGAAAAAAAAUAAAAUGUUUAAAAAUUGAUUAGAAACAUCUAAGCUGUAGUUAUAGAAAAUAAGUGGAAAAAACAGUGCUAGUUAUCAAUUGAUAUCUGUAAUCCAGUUAAGAAGCAAUAAAAAAAGUUUGUUUAUGUAUGUAUAAAAUAAAAAUAUAACUAUAUGCUCUAUAGUUUUUUGUAAAAAUUAUUUAACAGGAGCGGAUGCUUCAAAUAUUCUUCAGUAGGCACGGCUCUGACUCUCUGUAUAUAUAGUUCUUUGUAUUGUGACCUUGAAUAAUAGGAGAGAUCUUACAUUUACAUAUUGAUGGUCAGACCACAUCAGUGACUAAUGAUAAUUUUAAGCAUUUACAUGUCCACCAAGUGGUCUUGGCCUAGUAGUAAAGGGGUUCCAGCUGAAACUUCCGUCAUGAGUUCGAUUUUCUUUGAUUAUCCAUAAACAUCUUAAGUGGCAAGAAAACUUGGAUUUUUAUGAGCUUCUUAGUGUUUAGUAUUUGGGCUUAAAAAGCCUUUAGAAUCACACCAAAGUUAUAAAAAAAAAAAGUGUUCACCACUUUGGCCACUAUGGAGCAGCAAUGAUUUAUUAUAGUCUAUGGGAUGAUCACUGUGUUGUCCCAAAAACCGUUUAUUUCCUGUCAACAAAGCAUUAGAAAGAAUGUUUUGUGGGGUUUUGUUUUUGUUCUUCUUUGAGACAUGGGCAUGUGUGUGCACUCUUGUGAGUGUGUUUCGUGUGAAUUUUCAUCAGCCGCCUGUCGUAUAUUAGUGUUUUUCUUCCGGGUAAAGUCAUAAGGCUAAUACAAAAUAGCAUCUUUAUAGCUUAUUAGUUGUCUUGUCUUCUCUUUAGUGACAGUGACACCAUUGAUUUUGACUCAGAUGGUGGGUAUUUAAUUAAUUAAUCCGCCCACAGUUUUGCUUGUACUUUCGGUAUCUAUCUAGAUUUCAUCAGAGCGACAUAUACAAGGUUUUGAACGGCAUGUCCUCUGACGUCUGGCUUGUUAAGUUUUAUUUCUUCAAUCUAAAAACUAAUUUAUGAUAUUUUUUAUGUUUUCAUUGAACUUUUGAUGUAUGAGCAUGUAUUCUUAUCUUAUACACUCCCUUUAUAGAUUUAAGUUAAUAUCUACAUAAUCCCAAUCUUACCACUGAAAAUGUUCGGUGAAACACUAGGUCUUAGACAUUCAUUUUGCAUUUUUAACUUUGUCUACCAAUAUGGAACAUAAACUAAAAUGACGUUUAAAAGCAGUUUCUACAUCUAUCUUUUAGGAAAUGUUUAAACUUGCAAAGUUAUUAGUUGUGUAUGUUGACUAUGAGAAGACCAAAAUGAGAAAAUUAUGGUCGUUUGUUAGAUUCUAUCUUCAGUGAAGAAACAUAAAAAUAUCUACGUCAACUAUGUCAACAUGGGUUAUUUUGAUGUUUAUGUUUAGAUUACACUCAUAAUUAUUCUCACUGACAAUAAAAGAACAUAAUCUAUUAAUGUCAAUGCGUACGAUGCCCGGAUAACACGGAAAGUGUUUGUUCCAUCAAGGCUUAUUAAUCUCUGUUCAUCAACGUAAGCUUGUGCUCAUAUGUUCAAAAUCUCCACAAGAUAUAAGAGUACACUAGAGAAAAACGAUGGUUUUCUUUCUUUUUUUUCUCUUAAUAUCUAUAUUCUCAACUUGUGGAAAUGCUGAUAUAAACACAUCAAGUCCUUUAUCAAUAGGACAAACUCUGAGCUCUCCCAACGGAGUUUAUGAAUUAGGCUUCUUCAGUCCUAACAACACCCUGAAUAAGUAUGUUGGGGUAUGGUUCAAGAACAUCACUCCUCAGGUCGUUGUGUGGGUGGCUAACAGAGACAAACCAGUCACAAAAACCGCGGCAAAUCUCACCAUCAGCAGCAACGGGAGCCUGAUCUUGCUUGACGGAAAGCAAGAUGUUAUAUGGUCAACAGGAGAAGCAUUCACAUCCAAGAAGUGCCAUGCAGAGCUUCUAGACACCGGAAACCUUGUUGUAACCGAUGAUGUUUCAGGAAAAACAUUAUGGCAGAGCUUCGGGAAUCUUGGUAAUACUAUGUUACCUCAGUCAUCGGUGUCUUAUGAUAUCCCCCGAGGAAAGAAGCAUGUGUUGACUUCCUGGAAAAGCAACAACGAUCCAUCCCCUGGGGAAUACUCACUGGAGUUCACACCACAAGUACCCCCACAAGGCCUUAUAAGGAGAGGCUCAAAGCCUUACUGGAGAAGUGGUCCAUGGGCAAAAACAAAAUUCUCUGGGAUACCUGGGAUCGAUGCAUCAUAUGUAAGUCCAUUCACUGUUGUCCAGGAUGUAGAGAAAGGCACAGCAUCUUUCUCUUAUUCCCAGUUGAGAAACUAUAAACUAUCAUAUGUUACGUUAACAUCAGAAGGGAAAAUGAAGAUCCUCUGGAGUGAUGGCAAAAACUGGACGCUUCACUUUGCAGCUCCAGUAAGCUCAUGUGAUCUAUAUGGUGCUUGUGGGCCUUUUGGUUUGUGUUUGAGAACCAGUACUCCAAAGUGUGUAUGCAUGAAAGGGUUUGUACCAAAGUCAGAUGAGGAGUGGAGACAAAGGAACUGGACAAGUGGGUGUGUGAGACAUACACAGCUCUCUUGCCAGGCGAACUCUUCUACAAAGACUCAAGGCAAAGAAGCAGACAUCUUCUAUCAUAUGAAACAUGUAAAGACUCCGGAUAUGUACCAGUUUGCAAGCUUUCUCAACGCAGAACAGUGUCACCAGGGUUGUCUAGGAAACUGUUCUUGCACAGCCUUUGCCUAUAUAAGUGGAAUUGGAUGCUUGGUAUGGAACCGGGAGCUUGUAGACACGGUUCAGUUUUCAUCUGAUGGAGAGUCUCUUUCCCUUCGUCUUGCAAGUUCAGAAUUGGUUGGAAGCAGCCGAACAAUGAUUAUUGCUGGUGCUACUGCCAGCCUUUCCUUACUCACGAUCUUGGUCUUUUCCGCGUAUACGUUCUGGAGAUACCGAGCCAAACAAAAUGUUGCACCAAAUUUUAUGUUCAUCAACACUUCACAAGAUGCGCGGAGGAAUGAUUUGGAACCACAAGAUGUCUCCGGCAUAAAUUUCUUUGAGAUGCAUACAAUACGAACUGCCACUAAUAACUUUAGUUUCUCAAACAAACUCGGUCAAGGUGGAUUUGGUCCAGUUUAUAAGGGAAAGCUGGUAGAUGGAAAGGAAAUAGCGGUUAAACGCCUGUCUAGCAGCUCCGGACAGGGAACAGAGGAGUUCAUGAAUGAGAUAACACUAAUCUCUAAACUACAGCAUAGAAACUUGGUUAGGCUUUUGGGAUGCUGCAUCAAAGGAGAAGAGAAGCUAUUGAUUUAUGAGUUUUUGGAGAACAAAAGCCUUGACGUUUUUCUAUUUGAUUCAACUCUAAAGUUUGAGAUUGAUUGGACAAAGAGAUUUGAUAUCAUUCAAGGUAUUGCACGUGGGCUUCUCUAUCUCCACCGUGACUCACGCCUCAGGGUCAUUCACCGAGACCUGAAGGUCAGCAACAUUCUUCUGGACGAGAGAAUGAUCCCAAAAAUAUCAGAUUUUGGACUGGCUCGCAUGUUUCAAGGAACCCAUUUCCAGGACAACACUCGCAGGGUUGUAGGAACUCUAGGAUAUAUGUCUCCUGAGUAUGCGUGGACAGGUGUGUUCUCUGAAAAAUCCGACAUCUAUGCAUUUGGAGUUCUCUUGUUAGAAAUUAUCAGUGGAGAAAAGAUCUCAAGGUUCAACAAUGGGGAAGAAGGAAAUAACCUCAUUGCAUAUGCAUGGGAAUGUUGGUGUGAAACCAAAGGAGUUGAUUUUCUGGACCAAGAUAUUGCUGAUUCUUGUUGCCCAUUACAAGUUUCGAGAUGUGUCCAGAUUGGUCUGAUUUGUGUUCAACACCAACCUGUGGAGAGACCCAACACAGUUGAGUUACUGUCUAUGCUCACUACAACAUUAGUUCUUCCCUCACCAAAACAACCCAUAUUUGCACUGCACAGUAGAGGUGAAGAAUCCACGUCUAACGAUGUGAUCACCGUCAAUGGGUUGACACAAUCUGGGAUCCAGGGGCGUUAAGUAAUGAAUGCGUCAUUUUGAAACUUGUGGAACCGAAAGUGUGUGUGUGUGUGGAUUUCUGUUCUUCUGUAAAUUAAAAUGCUCAGCUUGUUUUUGAAACUAUGAGAACUUUCUCAUUGUUUCUUAUUUUCAGCACUUCUCAAAUAAAUAUAUAAAGUUUUUCUUUC